CGCUAGAGGGAGGUGUUCCGAACAUGUUUUGUAUUGUUCACUGGCUCUCACAUGGUUACGUAAUCACAAAAAACAUCAAGCUGUACAGAAGAGUGUUGACUGUCACGUACGGUUUUUUGUGCGAUUUUUUUUCUUCGCUCGUGAUGUUCUCCUCGCUUUAAAUCAGAGCCCUGAUGCUCUUGGCUAUAGUAUAUAGAUUUAAUGUUUAAAAUCCAACCUUUAUUGUGUGGUUGUGUGUUUGCUGAGGUUUUAAUCUAGAAUUAAGAGUCUUUAGAGAAGCUUUUAUUUGUAUUUUCGGGUUGGUCCUUGGGCUCCCGACUGCUGAAAAUGCCUCAGGAAUCUCUGGAGGUGGAAUCGCCGCUGCCGAUAAUCCGAUCGCAUGAUACCCGGAGACCGGCGAGCGUGGUGUUCUGUAACCGCAGUCCGCGCGUCGUGAAGCCCAUCUGGAUCAACUUUCGCGGGGAGCCACAGCCCUACGGAGAUAUGCAGCCUUUCACCGGACGAAGAAUGACAACUUAUUUUGCACACCCAUGGAUAUUUCGGGAUGCAGAGACCGACGAUCCAAUGUUAGUGAAUAAGAAAGUGAUGUACUAUCUACCCUCCCUUGAAAAUAGACAAGACCACAUUGCCAACAUCACAUUGCCUGUCUUUACUCUGCGAGAUCGCUGUCUGCAAGUUGUGAGGAGGUUGGUGCGUAAAGAAGAUAUCUGUCGGUUAGAGAUAGCUCGCUGUCUACAAGAAGACCUUGCUCAGAAGCCCAGCCUUCACACCGAUCUACGACGCCUCAACCAGCAAUUGCGACAAGAGAUAAUGGGAGAGUAAAACAUAUGAAAAUCUGAGCAUUCCUUUGCCCGGCCCAUAUAACACUGACAACAUGAUCUGGCACUGUAAAAAUACAGUGUUGACAAACAUGAAAUCAGGAGGAACAGCUUCUUAAGCAAAUGGUCGAUUUCCACUUUAAACACAGGCAUGUGUAAGAAAUGCACAAAUGCCAUGCUUAAAACAAGUCUCUGAGGACUUAAUGACAGGCACUGACUUGCGAGUCCUAAGAAAGAACUUUGGAAAAUACUGAUGCUGCAGCUGAGAGCAAAAUAUUUUGUUUUUGUUUUAUAGUUCUCUGUAUACUUUUACUCUUUCAACAGUAACUUUAUAUUUGUCAAAAAUCCUCUUUGUAAACAAAAAUAAAAAGCAAUAGUGACUACAUUAUUUUAA